CCCUCCUUCUCCCACAAAAUUGCUACCCACCGAGUGGCCUCUGUACAAUACACAUAGCAUGAGAGCAUAGCAUUGCGCUUCAUUUCUUCUUUUCAGUUUGACUUGUCACGGAACGAUCACAAACCCCCACACAAUGGCUGCGCAAAGCGGCGAGGACGCCUACGUCACGCUGCUGCUCAGCGACACCUAUCUCCCAGGAGCUCUGGUACUCGCCCACUCUCUACGUGAUGCCGGCACAACCAAGAAGCUGGCCGUUAUGGUCACUCUGGACACUGUCUCGGCCGAGGUCGUAGAACAACUCAAGAAAGAGUUCGACUAUGUUUUACCUGUUCCACGCAUACGAAAUGCAAAGCCAGCAAACUUGUAUCUCAUGAACCGCGCCGAUCUCCAUUCGGCCUUCACCAAGGUCAAUCUGUGGAAGCAGACCAUGUUUCGGAAGAUCGUUUACUUCGAUGCCGAUAUUGUUGCCUACAGGGCUGUCGACGAGCUGUUUGACCUGCCCCAGCCCUUCUCUGCUGCCCCCGACGUUGGCUGGCCCGACAUUUUCAAUACUGGAGUCAUGGUUUUGACCCCAAACCUGGGCGACUACUAUGCCCUGACAGCCAUGACAGAGCGGGGCAUAUCUUUUGAUGGUGCAGACCAGGGCCUGCUGAAUAUGCACUUCAAGAACAGCUAUAACCGCCUGAGCUUCAGCUACAACGUCACACCAUCCGCUCAUUAUUCGUACGUCCCUGCAUAUCGGCACUUCCAGUCAAGCAUAAAUCUGGUUCACUUUAUCGGAAGCGAAAAGCCAUGGACACAAGGUAGAUCGGCGUCGACAGCAGUAGACAGCCCAUAUGGUGAAAUGCUCGGCAGAUGGUGGGCUGUCUACGACCGGCACUAUAGGCAACCCGGAUACAAGGUGCCAGCCAUCAUCCAGUACUUUGUCAAGGGCGAAUUUCAGCCUCCUACGACGACCUACAUUGUGCCGACCGGCGAGCCACCGCUUCCCCAAGGUAAACCUGUGAACGGCGGCCUACACCAGGAUCAGUCUCAGCAACAUCACAUUCCCCCUUCCGCCACCAGCAGCAUUCAGGAGCCACAUCGGGGGCGGCCCCUCCGACAGUAUAGUUGGGACGCUCAGAGACAACCUCCUCCCGCAGAUUCCAAACCCGAGGCGAUAAACUUCCCUCAGACGCACUACACCAUGUCAUCUGAUCCAGCCCCAUGGAUUCCUCCUCAGCGGUAUCCAAGCCCUCCAAAGAACAUGGGGUACGAGAUUCCGAAAGAGAAGCGAGGCUCUGCUGAGAAACCCAAGCCGAUUUUCCCUUGGGAGUCCCAGCAGCUCAAGCCCACCAGAGUCUUUGCUAAUGAGCCUACCCCGUCUGAACCUGAACCUUCUAUAACUGAGGGCUCAACGGCUGCAACAUCCGAAGCGUCCGAGCUGGAGCGCAAGAGUGAACCGACUACGCCUACUACACCGACGAUCCAUGUAACAUCUUCAGACCCUUGGGCUUCCUUUACCCGCGUGAACGCAUGGGACGACGACCCAGCAAUUGAGAAGUAUAUUGAGAAGCUACCCCUGUACCGUCGCCAUAAAACGCAGGACAGCCAAAGUAGCGUUGUUGGGCAGAAAUCGCCUGGCUCACUGACUGACUUCCCAACUGCUGUCGAGCGGCCCAGCCUUCCCGUCACGCCCGCACCUGUCCGCCGCCCCAAGUUUUGGGGGGCGGGUGCUCCUGGAGCUGACGAGGAUGACGGCGGAGACCAGCUGCCGGCUGCUACUGGCGUUCCGAGUCAAUCCGAAUGGGACCCCGUGGCACGACUGCAACUCCUGGCCAAGCAACAAUCCGAGCUGCUGCUGAAGAAACUCGGCACUGGCGAGGCCACCGCCGAAGGAAACGAAACUGGAAGAUUGGUUGGCAUGCAAGGCCAUGAUAUUCCAAAGCGGUCCCUACCAUUUGGUUCAGACUCCAUUGUGUCGCCGACAUAUAUUGCGCAGUCUGCGCCUGUGCAUAGUCCCCAACCGACAAAGCCACCUGGGCUAGGAUCUCCGAGGAUCUUGACAGAGAACCAAGAAGAGAAGGAAACCACUCCGCAAGCGACCUCGGCCGAUCACCCCGCAGAGCCAUCUUAUCACGGCCCAGGUGCGAUGUGGGAGAAGGGGGAGAACUAUCCCGGGCAUUCAACAGUGCUGCCGCCAUCGGAGGAGGACAGGGAUGUGCUGGAAACGUGAGCAACAUGGACAGCCAUGAGCCAACGAGGCCUGGGCAAGCUUCUGAUGCCUAACACUUUCCUUUGUGAUGAGUUGGUAUGAUCGUUGUGAGGUCAAUCUGGCGGUGCAUGGGACGACACUGCGACGAUUGGAGUGGCGGCAGGACUGGAUCCUGGCGGCAUGUGGGCUGGAGACUUUGUAUUAUGGUGAUGAAGCAAGAGCAAAUAUUCUUGAGCCUACAUGGUGUCAGUUAUUGAGGGCAUGUUGGGAGCCAGUAUGGUCUGCGCAGGAGCAUAAUAAUUAUGUUGUCGCGGUUGUCGGAUUCUUGGUGUGCGAUACCCGAUUAUUUCCUCGGUCAUUCCUUUGGAACCCCCUUGUGUGAUAUGGAUGAAUUGACUUUUCUUCUGAGCCUCUUUUCAUAUUUUAGUCUUUGCUUGCUAUCUUGUACGCGGACGCGAAAUUCGUCUUAUACGAAGGUGAUGUUGAGAUUAUAUCUGAGCUAUUGCCCUCAAAAAAGAUCAAUCAGCCAGUG